CGUGCCCUGUGCUAGAGGGGCCGACGUGUCCGGGCCAAGAUGGCGGCGGUAGCGGCGGCCGGGCAGGGCGAAGCCGACGAGCUCUUCGACGUCAGGAACAACUUCUACAUCGGCGCCUCGCAGGCGGCCAUCAACGAGGCGCAGCGGGUGAAGCCCUCCAGUCCAGAAAAAGAAGUAGAAAGGGACAUUUUCCUGUAUCGGGCCUACAUUGCCCAGAGAAAAUAUGGCGUGGUGCUAGAUGAAAUCAAGCCCAGUUCGUGUCCAGAACUCCAAGCUGUGCGGAUGUUUGCGGAAUACCUUUCCAGUGAGAACGAGAGGGACUCGAUCGUGGCAGAGUUGAACAAGAAGAUGGCCAAGAGCGUGGAUGUCUCCAACACAACUUUCCUGCUGAUGGCGGCGUCUGUGUAUUUCCACGACCAAAACCCAGAUGCAGCGCUAAGGACCUUGCACCAGGGAGAUAGUUUGGAAUGCAUGGCUAUGACGAUACAGAUCCUACUGAAAUUGGACCGGCUUGAUCUGGCCCGGAAGGAGCUGAAGAAGAUGCAAGAGCAGGACGAGGAUGCGACCCUGACGCAGCUCGCGACCGCAUGGGUGAACUUGGCCAUGGGGGGUGAGAAGCUGCAGGAUGCCUAUUACAUCUUCCAGGAGAUGGCCGACAAGUGGUCCCCCACCCUCCUGCUACUGAAUGGCCAGGCGGCCUGUUAUAUGGCCCAGGGCAAGUGGGAGGAUGCGGAAGGUGUGCUCCAAGAAGCCCUUGACAAGGACAGCAGUCACCCCGAGACUCUGAUCAACUUUGUUGUCCUCUCACAGCACUUGGGAAAGCCCCCUGAGGUUACUAACCGUUACCUGUCACAGCUGAAAGAUGCCCACCGGAAGCACCCCUUCAUCAGAGAGUACCAGGCCAAGGAGAGUGAUUUUGACCGCCUGGCCUUGCAGUACGCCCCUUGAGCGUGAGGCUUGUGGGACAGGAGAAAACCGGACUGUGAGGAUCUGCUAAGUGGGAUUUAAGAGCAAAGAGUGUCAGCGUGAAGGGGGGGGGGGCGGCAAGCCAUGUCCCUGCACCGUGGAUUGGAGCCCUGCUGUGGACGGCGAUGUGGCCAGCUGGCUUUGAGUUCCUGUUCUCGAGAUGCAGUGCAGGAUAAAAGCAUCCAAAUGGUGUCUUUUCAGCAUUCCCAAUAAACCUUUUUUUGUGUUACU